UCAGCCUGCGUCAAAACUGAACGACAUGCUAGCGUAAAAUGUAGAAGCAUUUAAAAUAUAACGCCUUUCUUAGUUAAAAAAACAAGUUCAAAUGGCUCCAGUAGGUCACAAAAUGAAGCAUAAAAACUUCACAGAGAGAAAUGACAGCUUGAAAAAAGCCAAAAAGUUGCCAGAUGGAGUUAAAAAUAAGAGAAGAUGGAUUCCAGACGACAAGAAAUUCAAAGGCAGCGUUAAGGAAGGUCAAGGCUUUGCUUUCAAGAAAAAGCAAAAAGUCAAACAUGAGUACAACAAACUGCUGCGAAAGGAACGAAAGAAGGACCCUAACCCCAAAGUGUUGUACAAGGAGGAGUAUCCAGAGCACCUGAAACAUCUGUACCUGGCAGAGGCAGAGAAAAUCAGGAAUGAAUCCAGGGCAAACAGAGUGAACAGAAGUAAGCUGAGAACGAAGGAGCAGCUGGAAGAGCUAGAUGAAGAAGAAGAUGAUGAUAAAACAGACUUUGCUGCAGGAUCUGAGCUGACAGAUUCUGUUUCUGUGAAUCCAGAAUCAACAUCAGCCUCAGAGAGAAAAAGUCUAUCAAUAAGCAACCGCAUGAAAAAGAAAAUGCAAAAGACGACGUCGUACCAGAAGACGAAGGAGGAGUUUGAGAAAAUUCAAGAAAAGCGGAGGCUAAAAAAAGAGGAAUACCUGAAGAACAAGCAGCAGAGGGAAGAAGCCAUUCAGAGGUACAAGCAGAAAAAAAAGGAGACGUUUCAGAUGCUGAGCAAAAAGACGAAGAAAGGACAGCCAAACCUGAACCUCCAAAUGGAGUAUUUACUUCAGAAGAUCCAAAGAACUGACAAAUGACUCUGCGACUGCCGUCAUGCUUUUUUAAAACCAGAAGUUAUUUUCUCACACGUUUUGUCUGAAAUGUGAAACUUUCAGCUGGGCGUAAUCAGAUUUUAUAAAUCUUUGGACUUUUCAGAUAAGAACAACAUUCGAUUUCUGCCUCAAACCACAAGGUGGCAUUAUCAUAUAUGGAGCCAUGUCCAGGGGUUUUCAGUAAAUGUAUUAUUUU